AUGGCACUGCUGAAAGUCAAAUUCAAUCAGAAGAAACGGGUAAAACUAGCACAGGGACUAUGGCUCAUGAACUGGUUUUCGGUGUUUGCUGGAAUCCUUGUUUUUAGCAUGGGAUUGUUCCUCAAAAUUGAGCUCCGGAAGCGAAGCGAAGUGAUGGACAAUUCUGAAAGCCACUUUGUGCCCAAUUCUUUGAUAUUGAUGGGUAUAUUAUCCUGCGCCUUCAAUGGUUUUGCUGGAAAAAUUUGUUACGAUUCUCUGGAUCCCGCUAAAUUUGCCAAGUGGAAGCCUAUGCUGAAACCUUACCUGGCUUUGUGCUGCGUCUUUAACAUGCUCAUUUUCUUCGUUGCUCUGAUUUGCUUUCUCAUGCGGGGCUCCCUGGACAGCACCCUGGCCCAGGGGCUCAAGAACGGCAUGAAGUUCUACCGGGACACGGACACCCCCGGAAGAUGCUUCAUGAAGAAGACCAUUGACAUGCUCCAGAUUGAGUUCAAGUGCUGCGGCAACAACGGCUACAAAGAUUGGUUCGAAAUCCAGUGGAUCAGCAACAGAUACCUGGACUUCAGCUCCAAAGAAGUGAAAGACCGGAUCAAGAGCAACGUGGACGGGAGGUACCUGGUGGAUGGUGUCCCCUUCAGCUGCUGCAACCCCAGCUCCCCCAGGCCCUGCAUCCAGUACCAGGUCACCAACAACUCUGCCCACUACAGCUAUGACUACCAAACCGAGGAGCUCAACCUGUGGCGUCGCGGCUGCCGGGAAGCGCUGCUGAACUACUACAGCGGCAUGAUGAGCUCCAUGGGCGCCGUCAUCCUCCUCGUCUGGCUCUUCGAGAUGUCGGUGAUGGUUGGCUUGCGCCUUCUGCACACCUCCCUGGAAAGCAUUGCCAAUCCCGAAGACCCCGAAUGUGAAAGCGAAGGGUGGGUCCUGGAGAACAGCCUGAAGGACACUUUCAAAUCCGCGCUGGAGAAUUUGAAAAAGCUGGGUAAGUUCAACCAGGUGGAAGCAGGAGCCGAAGGGGCCGAAGGAGAGGAAGGUGGGAAGACGCCAGCCAUCACAACAGUCAGUUGA